AUGGAAACUAAUAGUGAGGGAUCCGAUACUUUUGAUGAUUAUGACUCUGACAAAGAUGCAGAAUAUAAACCACAUAAAAAGGAAUCCAGAAAACAUAUUAGAAAAGUUGGAAACACAUCUGAAAAAGAGAACAAGAGCACAUUUGGAGAAGAACAGAAUAAACAUACCAUGAAAAGCUCUAUGAAACAACCCGUGGAACAUUCUCUAGGACUUCUCGCAGAACAUCCCGUGGAACACACUAUGGUAUGUUUCCUGGAACACUGCCUAGAACAUCCCGACGAAUAUCCCAAGGAAGCAUCCGUGGAGCCUUCCGUAGAGCGCCCCAUGGGUCGCCAUGUCGAAAGCCCUGUAGAACACCCCAUUGAGUCUGAGGAUUUAGUAGAGCACCAAACCGAAAAGAAGGUUUCACGUAAAAGAACUAGGGACCCAAAAUCCUGGGCACACAAUAUUCGAAAGGAAAAAUAUGAUAGAGGAAUGGAGUACGUGUCAUCAAGAAAAAAACUUCGUCCAGCUAGAAAAAUUGUAACAAAAAAAGAUUGUUUAAAUAGAUGCCACUUUAAAUGUGCUACAAAACUAACUGAAGAUGAUAGGAAAGAUAUUUUUUCAAACUAUUAUAAGUUAGACGCAAACGAGAAGAGAAUGUUUAUCCUAAAUACGACUAUAAAGUGUAAAAGAUAAGUAAAUAAAUAAAUCAUCAUGGAAGGGCUUGGUGCUAGUACCUCAACCAAGGAUUUUCUGACGGAGCUAGUUAAGGCUCUCAAAUCAUCGCGCACAGCACCUGAACAAGUAGAUUUACCAAUUUUCAGACCAGAUUUGAGCGAUGCAAAAAAAUGGCUGGCCGAGGUAGAAAGUAUAAAAAGUGAAUUUGAAUGGUCUGACCAACAGACUAUCGUGAGGUUGGGUCGAUUUUUAACGGGAAUAUCUAAAACGUGGUUUGAAAACUGGGCACCAGAUGUAAAAAACUGGGACACUUUUGUACGUGACUUUUUGGAGGCGUUUCCACCCAAAAAAAUUUUGGGUGAAUUACUUCUGAAAGCGGCUCAAUUCAAUAGUCUCAACUGCAAUACGUACGAGGCGUACGUCUUUGAGAAAGUUACUCUGCUUCGAAACCUACGGGCACACUGGGACGAGACAGAUCUUGUUGAGAUAAUCAUCCACGGAAUUAUGGAACGUGACGUGCGUGUCACUGCCGGCAAUCAGAAUCAUAAAAAAAU